GUACUUCAACAUCGGAAAGUACAUUUCAUUUUUACGUCGUUUUGCGCACUGCAGAAUAGCUACGUGGAUUGUUAUUUAACGCGAAAAAAAUGCUUAUUCAUCUAAUUGUCGGUGCAAUUGUGCCAGCAUUGGUAUUGGCUUACCAAGUGGUUCCGUGUCCCGACCAUCUACCAAUUAAUGCACCACCAAUUGACAUUGAAAUUCAAGGAUGCCCGUCGUCGCCAUGCCACGUUACGCGCGGAACAAGCAUCACCUAUCAAGUUCGCUUUUUCGCUGCUGUGAAUACACCAAGAAUGCAACUAGCUAUGAAUUCGACCGUUUUUGGUGUUGAAUCUCCAGUUCAACUGCCACCAGAAUUACGGGAUGCUUGUAACACUAUCAUUGAAGGCUGUCCAGUUACUCAAGGGCAAAUACUGACGCAGAGAGCAACCAUUCCAGUCACUAGCGAUUUUGGGGGCGGCAUUCCAGCUCAACUUAAAUUUUACAUCUCUCACGACCCUGGUUUUUACUGCACUUGUGCUAUGGUGAAUAUUGUUAUUCACUAAAAGAAACAUAAUAAACUAACGAGAAAAUUGCAA